UGGGAUUAAAGGCGUGUGUCACCACCGCCGGCUACAUUUUGGCAAUAGCCUGAUAGCUAAAGAGGGAAGCAUGAAGCAUUUCUUUGGAAUCUAUUCAUUCCCACCAGAUAGGCCAGUCCCAGGAGCUGAGUGAGCAAGGAGGAGAGGGCCAUCUUAUUUGAAUGAGCAGAGCAUGAGGUCAGCCACUUGACAGACAAGUAGCUUCUUGGUAAAAGUGGGAGGAGCGAGCAGGCUUUAGAGAAAGACCGGGCCACUAGGUAAAGUUUACUUGGGUUCUGGCUAGCACCAAAAAGAAAGAAGAGCAGGGAAAAGCAAAAUUCUGCCUCUUGAAGGGAGUCAGACCAACAGAACCCCAAGAUUGUCCUGGGCUGCCUCAUGGGGCAGGAAUCCUGGGAAGAAAACGCACAUUCUCUCAUUAAAGGAAUAAAAAUUCCUUCUGUGUCUAUGGCUUCUGGUGGAUCUGCAUUCCUAGGAGUGGACCUUCCUACUUUCUUGAUUUAACCAGGUGACUGGCCUGCCCACUUUUUUUGUUUUGAGACAGCAUGAAUUUCAAGGCCUCUACCAGGCCAGAGAAACCACUUUCCCUAAUUGGCCUCCACAGUUCCCUAAUCGAGGCUACUAUUAACAAUAAUGAGGAUGGAAACUAAACACUCAGGUAGGGACUGUAACUUUACCUACUGAGGGAGGCCAGAAGGCCACUUGAAGAUUUGCCUUUGCUUUUUCCUGGAGAAAUGUGAACAGAUACCUAUCUAUUCAUGCUAAUAACAGAUCAAGUUCAACAUGGUGAACAUUGCUCUUAUUGGGCUUAUCUACAGGAGUAUGGGUAACGGAUGAUGGGUAACUGACAGGAGCACCAGUGACCAUAAAAUAGCUGCAUCAUUGCUACGUGAGUGAAGAUGUCAUGUGCAUUUUGAACAGUGUCUGAGACUAACUCAACCCAGAAAAGCAAAAUGAUCCUCAAUUCUUCUACUGAAGAUGGUAUUAAAAGAAUCCAAGAUGACUGCCCCAAGGCUGGCAGGCACAAUUACAUAUUUGUCAUGAUCCCUACCCUCUACAGCAUCAUCUUUGUGGUGGGAAUAUUUGGAAACAGCUUGGUGGUGAUUGUCAUUUAUUUCUACAUGAAGCUGAAGACUGUGGCUAGUGUUUUUCUUCUGAAUCUCGCCCUGGCUGACUUAUGCUUUUUGCUGACUUUGCCACUGUGGGCUGUCUAUACCGCUAUGGAAUACCGCUGGCCCUUUGGCAAUCACUUAUGUAAGAUCGCUUCAGCCAGUGUCAGUUUCAACCUCUAUGCCAGUGUGUUCCUGCUCACCUGUCUCAGCAUCGAUCGCUACUUGGCCAUUGUCCACCCAAUGAAGUCUCGCCUCCGACGCACAAUGCUGGUGGCCAAAGUCACUUGCAUCAUCAUCUGGCUGCUGGCUGGCUUGGCCAGUUUGCCAGCUAUUAUCCACCGAAAUGUGUAUUUCAUCGAGAACACCAACAUCACAGUUUGCGCUUUCCAUUAUGAAUCUCAGAACUCAACCCUACCCAUUGGGCUGGGCCUGACCAAGAACAUUCUGGGCUUCAUGUUCCCUUUCCUGAUCAUCCUCACUAGCUAUACUCUUAUUUGGAAAGCCCUAAAGAAGGCUUAUGAAAUUCAGAAGAAUAAGCCAAGAAACGAUGACAUCUUUAGGAUAAUUAUGGCGAUCGUGCUUUUCUUUUUCUUUUCCUGGGUUCCUCACCAAAUCUUCACUUUUCUGGAUGUCCUGAUUCAGCUGGGGGUCAUCCGCGACUGUAAAAUCGCUGACAUCGUGGACACUGCCAUGCCCAUCACUAUCUGCAUAGCCUAUUUUAACAACUGCCUGAACCCUCUGUUUUAUGGCUUUCUGGGGAAAAAAUUUAAGAAAUAUUUUCUCCAGCUUCUGAAAUACAUUCCCCCAAAGGCCAAGUCCCACUCAAGCCUGUCUACGAAAAUGAGCACUCUUUCCUACCGCCCUUCCGAUAACAUGAGCUCAUCGGCCAAAAAGCCUGCGUCUUGUUUUGAGGUGGAGUGACAGGUCCAGAGUCUCCUGGUUCAAGCAGUGCCCUGACAGAAGCCAGGGCAGCAUCUGACUAGACGGCACACUACCAAAGGAACAUUCACCCCUGCCUAGGAGCUAAGCAGAAAAUGCAUUCAAUGGACUGUAGAUGUUUUCUAAAACUCUGAGACAAAGCUUUGACAAGCACCCAAGCAAAGCCACUCCUUGCCACGUCUUUCAUUAUUAGAUGAUGGCUGUCCAAAGGAAGAGUCAGGAGCUGGAUGGAUUUGUGGAUUAGGAAAACAUUUGCUGGCAGAAAUGCACUCUCCCUGGUCCCCUCUUGCUGUGUUCCUUUUGAUUUCUACAUGAAGGUAUGUAGAACAUGUUAAAUAUUUAGACAAGCAACAAGAGUCAGGAGGAGGUCAAGAUCAUUUGUUCUGCUCAAUUUGCAAAGGGCAACAAACCCUUUUUGUCUCUUUAGUCAUUAGUAAUGGCGACCCACUUGUCCAUGUUACUACAUAUAUUGUGCAAAGAUUUGCUAAGCUGUGGUCAUCGGGUUUCAGGACCCCUUUGUACAAUUCAGCUGGUGUCUUACAAAUGCUCACUGCCCCCAAACAGUGCCAGUUAGUGGUGUAUUUAUGUAGCAGUGUUACCAGAGUCACACAUCAAAGUCAAAUUGCUUGUAAUAACUGUGACUUCCUAGGUACAUCAGCUUUAUUUCACAUUUGAGAAUUGUAUACAGUUGGUGGUGAAUAGACUAUAUAUCAUAAAAUCUGCCUUGCUCUCUAAAAAAAGCAUCUAUUCUCUACAUAUAUGUACAUCUAUAUCUCUGAACUGUCAUUUGAUGAAAAUCUGUCGAUGUUAUAUUUACCGCGCAAUAAAAUAAUUUUAUUGUAAAGUAUCUAAUCUUCAUUCUUUAAAAGAGAAGCCCAUCUCUUUUUACAGUGACAUGGAUGUAAGUGCCAAUGUAUUUUUACUUUGUUUUAUCUGACUGAUGGUUUAAUAUUGUUAGAUACCGGUUUUAUAUCCCACUGUUGAAAAAUAUCAAGAAGGAACCAGUUGGUUAUACUGAAGGAUGUGGGACAAAUGCACCAUUUUGAAAUUUUCAAAGUUUUUUGUACAACAACAAAAACAUUUUCAUUGCUCAUAACAUAAAAUUAGUACAGUGUUUUACUCAUAAAUUUUUAAAUAAUCAGAUGCCUCUACUUAUCUGCAUGGUCAUUACAGGAGAUUUAGAAGCUCUGAAAAGCACAAGAUAAUAGUCAUAUUUAGUUCUUCAACACAAAAUUUUUCAUUUCAGUGUUUUAGGCCACGUCUUCUACUAUUUUUGUACUCAUCAUAUAUACAUACAUAUGUAAAUUAUGGUGUUGGAGUCAUAAUGUAGAUGCAAUUCUGUGUACAGGUUUGUCCUUCAGUGUCAUUGCACAGUAGUUAGUAUCCCAUUAAAUAUAUUUCCUCAAACAUUUUAAUAUUCUUACAAAAUUCAAAGACACCUAAUAUAAUUAGGGAAUCACCAAUUGGAAUGUUUACCAAUUUGUUGGGUAUCAAAAAUUGCACUGUGCUGAUCAUUCAAGUACUUGACUCUGAUACUCUAAGAAGUAGUAGAACCAAGAACACAGUUAUAAACAAUUUUCCUAUUCCCAGUAGAUGUGGCCAAUAUUUUCCAGAAAACACAACACAAUUUAUCUGCCACCAACUACAUUUGGCUGCAGCUCAUAUCAGCCUCACCAGAAAGGGGCUUAUUUACUGAAAGAAUCCAGGUACCUUAUACAAGGACAGGGAAUAAACUAGGGACAGCUAGCUCAUUCUUUACCCUAGAAGCUUUCACUGUUCAGUCCCCAGGCAUGUUGAGGUGUCCAUUCUGGUCCAAUAAACUAUGCAAAGGGUUAGGUAAUAUUUAAAACAGUUAAUUGUAAUAAUGAUUAGAAUAGUUGAUAGAUGCUAUGGGCAAGGAGGUCAUUCAGAGAUAUAUUGGUGGACAGGGCAGAACCUCCACCAACAAAUCAUCUCAGUUAUAUUCUUGGAAAUAAAUGUGAUUACAUGUGCUUCAUAUUAAUUUUUUUCUUGUUUUUUUUUCUUGUUUUAUCUUAAAUUUCAUUAAUACAUUGCUGGUCACUUAUUUCGGUUUUCUCAUAUUUUCAAAAUGAUUGUGUGGUAGCUUUAAUGAGAUAUCCCCUAUAAGUCUCAGA